CGACCAUUAAAGAGGCCCAAGAGCGCUUAAAAGCGGGAAACGGUUGGUCGAUUUCCGAAAUUUGCCUCGAGCCUUUCGAAAGGCCGCAUCCUGUGUCUUCGAUUAUGACAGCGGCUUCCUGGAAACGGGAGAUGGUUGGCUGGCUCCAGAAAUUUGCCUGGGCCCUCCGAAUGGCCGCAUCCUGGCUAUUCUCACGUUCCUCGAAACGCGAAACGGUUGGCCGAUUUCCGAAAUCUGCCUGGGCCCACUCGAACGGCUGCAUCCUGUGUAUUUGAUCACGACAGCGGCUUCCCGGAAACGCGAAACGGUUGGACGAUUUCUGAAGUCUGCCUCGGGCCUUCCAGAAGGCCGCAUCCUGUGUCUUCGAUCACGACGACAGCUUCAUGGAAACGGGGGACGGUUGGUCGAUGUCUGCCUCGGGCCUCUCGAGCGGCCGCAUCCUGUGUCUCCGAUCACGACGGCGGCUUCAUGAAAACGGGGGAUGGUUGGUCGAUUUCCCAAAACGUUUCCUCGGGGCUUUUCCUCGGGGCUUUUUCCAAGGCUACAUCACGGCAGCAGCUUCAUGAGAACAGGGGAUUGUUGGUCGAUUUCCCAAAAAUGCCUCAGGCCUCUGGAAAGGCCGCAUCCUGUGUCACCAAUGGCGACAGCGGCUUCAUGGGGACGGGAGAUGGUUGGCUGGUUUCGGAAAUCUGCCUAGGACCUCUCGAAUGGCUGCAUCCUGUGUCUUCGACUUUAUGGAAACAGGAGAUGGUUGGCUGGCUUCAGAAUUCUUCUUCAGGCUUCUCGAAAGGUCGGAUCCUGCGUCUUCGAUCACGACAGCAGCCAACAGCAACCUAAGACGCGUGAAAACAGUUGACUGGUUCCAUAAAUACUGUCGUGCCAUCCAUCGACUCAGCGUGGUCUCCCCCGAGUUCCUAAACAACUUCGUUCGGUUUCCUACGGUUAUACAACAAUUUUCACUGCCCUUCUAACGAAAUUCGCUGGACAAUCUUAGCAACACAUGCUAUAUAUCAUGGUGUCGGGUACUAAAGGCGACGAUCCUAGGGAAGUUGCAGAACGCAAGAGGCCAUACUAUGGUUCUCGAGUUGACAAAUCGCCGCAAAAGAAGCAACGCCUUUCCUCACACAUCGGUAGCUCUUCGCCCCGAUUACCUCCCGAAAUAAUCAUGCAAAUCAUAUCCGAAAUUAUAGACCGAAGAACCCUUCUAAGGGUUUGCCUAGUGAAUCAGGCUUUUAAGGGCUUCCUCAGCAUAGAUUCUUUCCGUUCUGCCUACACUGAGGAAGUUAGGCGUGGAGAGUAUACAUCUGAUAAUGCGAUCGACACUAUUACUAAACACAUGAAGGAACAUCGAGAGGCGGCUCUGAUGAUUUUCGAAGUUACUUGGAAAGGUAUGAUCCACGAAGGGCAGUUGAAAGGUGCUGUUGCUUUCCUAAACCGCCUUGGUUAUAGGCUGGAUGAAGAAGAUUUUGAUACAGUACUACUGUCAUUGCGAACUAUGUAUGAUACGGUUGUUCUAGGAACUUCAUGGGACACCUGGGCAGCUGCGCUUACAGCAGCAGAUUUCUUACACGAGGAAUAUCGAAAUAAUGACACUUCAAAGAUGAUACGAAGGAUACGGCAUGAAGCCGCUUCAAGGCGACGAGAAAUAGUAUGCCAGAGUAUGUUACAAGUCCAGCAGGACAACGCCUUCUGUGUGUUAAAGGGCCUACGUCAAUAUUACGAUCUAGAGUUGUAUCGUGAGAAGAGGGAUUCUGAAAAAAGGACGAAGAUCAAUGACGCCUUAAUCGAAGUUGUUCAGGCAAUGCUCCGUCUUUCUAUUCAGGAACAUCAAUGGGCCGAAGCCUGUCGUCAGGCAUAUGCACUAUUGGACCUUAAUGGAGACGUCGACAGUUACCUUCAAACACUCAAAAACAUCUGUAGUCAGGCGAUUUCGGAGGAUCGGUGGGCGGAUGCUAUGGAAAUAAUGGGUUCAUUCAAGAACUAUACAGAUGUUGCAAAGGAAUCGCUAGACAGCCUUCGAAGUCAGUGGUAUGCGGCGGACGGGAUAAGAUGGACUUAUGGAAACGCUGUCUUUUAAAGCCUAAUAUUAUAUAAUGUGGACGAAUUAUAAAAUAGUGCCAUGUGCUCGAUACCGUUGUUUUCUAGCCUCAGGUAGUUUUGAGCCUCUUGAUACCAGUCUAUUUUUAUCCCGAGACGCCCCUUUAAUUCUUGCCGAAUAGCUUAAUCCGCUCUCUAUGGUGAUGGCCAUAGAAGUUAUUUCCAACAGCCGUAGUCGCUCUUGGCCAAGGCCACUACCAAAACCGUCCCCCGUUCUCGACCUUCCGCUUCCCUGUUCCUGCAUCCUGUGUCUUCGAUCACGGCUUCGUGGGAACAGGAGAUGGUCGGCUGGCUUCGGUGCUCGGAGGGCCAGAGGUCAAGUAGCCAGCACCACUAAUUCCUUAAAUACUGUUGUGCCG